AUGUCAGAUACCGGUGAACAUCAGCCACUGCUCCCAGCCUCCGAUAUCGAGGCUGUACCAUCAAGGAGGAACAGGCCUUCAACGUUAGCAGCUUGGCGCCAGAACACCGCUCAGUUCCUCGAGUCUCCUGGGCUGCACACGUUUGUCAUUACACUGAUUACAAUUGAUGUAGCCUGCGUCCUCGCCGAUCUGGGGUACAGCUUUCUGUCAAAUGGAUGUAUACCCCCGGAGGGUCCCGAAUCACCAGCUUGGCUGGAGGUCUUAGCCAACAUAUCCCUUGCUAUUAACACAUUCUUUUUGAUUGAAAUACCUCUGGCUUUAUGGUCCUUUGGAAUCAAAUUCUUCUUGCCGCUCUCUAACGUCCCUCACGCGUCCUUCCAUCUCUUUGAUGCUAUCAUCAUCAUUACGACCGUCGUCCUUGAGUUCGUUCUCAAGGGUAAGGAGCGUGAACUCGUGGGUCUACUCAUCACACUGCGUAUGUGGCGGCUUGUCAAGCUUGUCGGGGGUAUUGCCGUCGGCGCUGGUGAAGUGGAGGAAGAAGUCCUCAAAGAACUCGACGAAACAAAAAGAAAAUUGGAGGGCACAUCAGCUGCACUCGCAAAAGCCCGGGAAGAGAACCGGAAACUGAGGGCCCGUGUGCUCUGGCUCGAGACGGGAGGAUCCGAGGGUACGCCCGACCUGUGA